AUGGUGGGUUUGAUAGAUCUCAACAUGACGGAGGAAGAGGAACCGACGCCGUCUUCUCGGUCUCUGUUAUCUUCAUCUUCUUCGUCCUCUGCCUCCACUUUGAGCGCAUCCAAUGCCGCCGCUUCACCCCCUGUUUCGGUUUGCUUGGAGCUAUGGCAUGCCUGUGCUGGUCCACUGAUAUCUCUGCCCAAGAAAGGCAGCGUGGUUGUUUACUUGCCGCAGGGACACGUGGAGCAGCUCGCAGAUUCUUCGCCGCCGCCGGCGGCGGCCUACGAUCGGCUCCCUCCUCAUGUCUUCUGCCGCGUCGUCGAUGUCAAGCUCCAUGCUGAGACUGCAACCGAUGAAGUUUAUGCACAGGUUUCUCUUGUUCCUGAGAAUGAGAGUGAGGUUAAGUUGAGGAGAAUUGAAGGGGAGGAAGAUGGUGAACUUGUUGGCAAGGCUUCUACAACACCCCACAUGUUCUGCAAGACCCUCACAGCUUCUGAUACCAGCACUCAUGGAGGCUUUUCAGUCCCUCGCCGAGCUGCUGAGGACUGCUUCCCUCCAUUGGACUACACUCAGCAGAGGCCUUCGCAGGAGUUGGUGGCUAAGGAUCUCCAUGGCUUCGAGUGGAGGUUUCGCCAUAUCUAUCGAGGGCAACCAAGGAGGCACUUGCUCACUACUGGGUGGAGCGCGUUUGUGAAUAGGAAGAAGCUUGUUUCUGGUGAUGCUGUUCUGUUUCUUAGGGGUGAAGAUGGUGAACUCAGGCUUGGUGUGAGGAGAGCAGCACAAGUGAAACCAUCUUCUGCUGCUAUGCCUGUUCUUUGUAGUCAGCUCCCAAAUCAUAGCAGCAUUUCAGAUGUUGCUAAUGCUGUUGCUUUAAGGACUGUUUUCAAUGUCUGCUACAACCCGAGGGUGAGCUCGUCGGAGUUUGUGAUUCCACUGAACAAGUUCUUGAAGAGCCUUGACUACUCCUUCUGUGCUGGAAUGAGAUUUAAGAUGCGAUUUGAAACAGAAGAUGCAGCUGAAAGAAGGUAUUCUGGUAUGAUAACCGGGAUCAGUGACCUGGACCCUGCUAGGUGGCCAGGAUCAAAAUGGAGAUGCCUUAUGGUAAGGUGGGAUGAUAUGGAGGUGAAUCGGCACAGCAGGGUGUCUCCAUGGGAGAUUGAGGCUUCUGGCUCAAUAUCCAGCAGCUGCCACAGCUUUCUGGGACCUGUUCUCAAAAGAACCAGGUCAGCAUUGCCUUCAUCAAUGCCAGAAUUCCCAGUUCCUGAUGGAAUUGGGGCACCAGACUUUGGGGAAUCUUCUUCUAGGUUCCAUAAGGUCUUGCAAGGUCAAGAAAUUUCAAGCUUCAACACCCGUUUUGAUGCAGAUCAAAUGAGGUGUUUCCGUGGUCCUCCACCCGACAUGUCCUACAAGAAAGGCAUAGGCUUUGGUGAAUCCCUUGGAUUCCAUAGGGUCUUGCAAGGUCAAGAAAUUUUCCCAAGCUCCAGAACUGGUUGGUCUGCUGCCACGAUGCGGCCCACUGCUGCACAACAGCAAGCAGCAUCAUCCUCUCCACCAUCUGUGCUAAUGUUUCAGCAAGGCAGCAACCCAGCUCUUCAGAAUCCUGGUGGAGGAAGGAACAGUAACAGCCAGCCUCAUUGGUUCAGCAACAACAGCACUGCCGGAGCUAAUGGGAUUAUGCAGAUGGGUAUUCAUCCUGUGGAACAACCAUCAUUUCAUGAGCCUGUGAUUCCAUUUAUGAGUGUAGGUCAGAAUGUGGUGCCGUCUUCAUGCAAGAGCAGCUGCAGACUGUUUGGGUUCUCUUUGACUGAUGAAAGGCGUGGUGGUGGCAUGAACAUGGAGGAUAAGAGCAGCAAUCAUCAAAUAGCUUCUCUUCCUGUUGCUAAUCUUCUUCCUGAAGCUUCUGCCAGGAAGCAGUUCCAUCCCACACCACCUGUGAUAGCCAAUGCUGUUGGGAGAAACUGUACUAAUGGGACUCUGCCACAGUACUAUCCCGAGAACUACCAUAUCUAUUGA